CCUGUGACAAGCCUAGCCCAAGUAAAAAGGCUCUUUUCAAUCACGGAUAGGAUAAGCGUUUCUGGUACCGAAAUGGCAGGAGGAACCACAACCACAUUAUCACCACCCCCAUUUCCCACUUUCACCACCACCGGUCACCUCCUGUGCUCACGCUCCCACAAUCUACAACGUGCGAACUUCCCAUACCCUUCUUUUCACCACCCAUUUCGCACAAACCCCAGAAUCAGCAUUUGUCGCCAUAGCAAGCUGAACAAUUCGACGAGUGAAGAAGCGCGGGAGAUUAAUGCCGGCGAUAGUUUCUUUUUCGACGGCGAUGAACUGGCGGAGGGCGACGAGACUGAUGAUGAAGGAGAAGAAGAAGAGGAAACGGAGGAGAGCAGUGUUGAUUUGUUGGUGAGGUUUCUGCAGAGCAUGGUCAAGAAGAUCUCCAAGCGCGCCAAGAAGGCCUCACGCUCUGUUUUGCCUCCGGCGAUAUCGACCCAGUUGGUGUCUUUUGCGGUUGAUGGGCUUCUGCUAUUGGCUUCACUUUCUAUCGUUAAAGCACUUCUUGAGGUCGUCUGCAACCUUGGAGGCAUGGUGUUCGUGGCGAUCCUGCUCCUUCGUGUGAUCUGGGCGACUCUUUCCUAUUUCCAAACAAGUGGGAAUAACUUUAAUCAGGGAGGAAGUUCCUAUGGUAAAGCACAACCAGUAACAUAAUUUCAUUAGUAGCUAUUUCUAUAAUUCCUCUUGGACCACCUUCAUGUUGCAUAAGAUUUCUGUAGAAAGAUUUUGCAUUUGGCUUUUAUGUUACAGCUGUAUGUAAAUAAGAAACUUUUUAGGGGUUAAACAGAUAAGUUUACUCCAAAUCUGCGACUGUGGAAAAAUGUAUAGCAACGAUCCGUCUCAAACACUAGGACAUGAGGAAAAGAAUUUCACUGUCAACUUAGGACCGAAGGGAAUACACCAAAAUGGAUAAUUUAUUUAAUGCAGCUUCAGCUUUUAACAAAUCCAAUGUCAAAAUAAGGUUUACAUAGGAUGUGAGCAUCAGAAAUUUAGAAACAAGAAAGAAACAUUCUGUUUUACAA